GUACAGUGUGUCGCCUACACGGGUCGUGCAGUCUCUGUGUUCAAGAUGGCGCUCAACCUGUGGAGAGAAAGACGACGGCUGAGCGUCUGAACGGACAGAGAGGGUACCCGCACACGGCAGCGGGCACGGUUGUAGCGCUGCGUCGAGGCGUCGGACAAUGAACGUGAGCCGGACCGAUCUCCGCCAGUUGACGAAGUGACUCAGACCGGUCGACGGUGGAUCGCGGGUGUAUACGCGAGUGAAAAAACGUGGACCGGGAUUAGAACCGCGACUCGGUACACGCAAAAUGUGGCUGCAGAUCGCCACGGUGCCACGCUCGAGAAUAAGUAUCCGUUAGCGAGUUGGUGCGCGCUUUUUUGUCGGUUAUGUCAGUGCGCGUCAAGUCAAAAUGGCAGCCACGUUAACCGUCGAGCAGGAGCAGGCUACAAAAGAGUUUAUAGAAGCAGUGAACAAGUGUCGGGCAGGCAGGAGAGCCGGUCCAGUGUCCUGGAGCACAGCAGUGAAAUUCUUAACAGCUAGGAAGUUCGAGGUUGCUAGGGCAUUAGCUCUCUAUGAACAGCACGAAGCUACCAGGAGAAGAGAAGGUCUAGCACUCCUGUAUCCUACUCAGGAACCCUUGCUCAGUGAAUUACGCACAGGAAAAUUUACAGUUCUACCAUCUAGGGACGCGACAGGGGCAGCCAUAGCCAUUUUCACAGCGCAUUUACACCUUCCUCAGAACACUACGCAUCAAACAACCCUGCAAGGCGUUGUGUAUCAAUUGGACGCGGCACUCGAAAGCGCGGAGACCCAGAAGCAUGGUCUGGUCUUCAUAUACGAUAUGUCGGACAGCAAGUACCAGAAUUUCGAUUACGAUCUGUCACAGAAGAUUCUCACCCUCUUGAAGGGUGGUUAUCCGGCUAAACUGAAGAAGGUGUUGAUUGUGACCGCGCCGCUCUGGUUCAAGGCGCCGUUCAAGAUCCUGCGGCUGUUCGUGCGGGAGAAACUGAGGGACAGAGUGUUCACCGUAUCGAUUCCCCAAUUAACGUUACACAUCCCACGGGAGUCAUUACCGCACCGUUUAGGGGGCACGUUGGAGGUACAGCAUGAGGCAUGGCUGCUCCACUGUCUUAAAUCCAUGACAAACAGAGGCGGGGGCGAACUUUGCGAGGUUACCCCCAGGGUGGGUAGUCCUCUUUCGCCCACAUCAAAAAACCACACGGCCGCCCAGAAUCCGAAUGGAACCACGGUUAGUAGCUCGACUAGUCCUAUAAUCGAUAAGAGCAAAGUGAAAAAUGGUGUCUCAAACAUCGGCGACAUCGAAAUCACGAACGGUGACGUCUGGAUGGGAACCGAUGAGGCGCCGUCACCAGUACAGCCUCCGUCCUCAGCUAGUUCAGGCUUUAGCGACGACGACAGCCUUCACGGAGACCUUGGACUUCAGGCCGUCAGCAUGGAACAGCUUAUCGAAGACAUCCAUUCGAGGGGUCGCGCUGGCUUGGUCGCGGAGUACGCGGAAAUAAGGCAAAGACCAGCGGAAGGUUCCUUCAACAAUGCAAAACUAAGAGCGAACCAGUCGAAAAAUCGGUACACAGACGUGCUUUGCUAUGAUCACAGCAGAGUGUGCCUCUCCCAAAUAGACGGAGACUCCACCUCCGAUUACAUAAACGCGAAUUUCGUCGACGGCUAUAAACAAAAAAAUGCGUUUAUCAGCACGCAGGGUCCUCUACCGAAAACCUGCGGUGAUUUCUGGAGGAUGAUCUGGGAACAGCAGACACUUGUUGUUGUUAUGACUACUAGAGUGGUAGAACGAGGACGUACGAAAUGUGCACAGUAUUGGGGCCCAGAACCGGGUGACGAAGUACAAGCGGGUGGUUUCACAGUAACUACGCUCGAAGUUGACACCAAUCCCGAUUAUACGAUAUCUAUGCUCCUCCUGACAAAUAACAAGACUGAUGAGGCAAGAGAGGUUUGCCAUAUGCUGUACACAGCGUGGCCGGAUUAUGGCGUUCCACAGUCGGCCAGGGCUCUGUUACAGUUUCUAGCUUUAGUAAGACAACAACAAAAUAAGUUACUCGCAUACCGAGGCGACACAUGGGCCGGACAUCCGCGAGGACCUCCUAUAGUUGUACACUGCAGUGCCGGAAUAGGAAGGACAGGAACGUUCUGCACGUUAGAUAUUUGCAUAUCGCGGCUAGAGGAUACCGGGACCGUGGACAUACGUGGAACGGUGGAGAAAAUCCGAGCACAGAGGGCCUAUAGUAUUCAAAUGCCAGACCAAUACGUCUUCUGCCAUCGUGCUCUGGCAGAGUACGCACUCUCCAGGGGGAUGCUUAGUCCGCAACAUCUCGCUAUGUUACCUCCACCCAUAGAAGAAGAUUCCGACUAGAGGAUAAACUCUAUUAUCAUGUACCAGAGAUUGAUGUUCUUCCCGAAGUAUGCGUAAUAGUCUCCUUACAUAGCCUAUCUCUAGCUUAAAUAACUGAAAGUUAUUUUUUGCUAUCAUCUCCAUCGAUGUAAUAUUUCCGAUUUCUACUCUUACGUUAGGCUACGUACCGAUUUAGGGGAUAUCUAACAGAAGGACUAGACUUUUCUCCAAGGCCAAAUCCGCGAACGGGAAUUCUCGAUUUUUGUCCCGCGAUAUUUUAAUUCGCGAGAGAGAAAGAUAAAGGGAAU